UCAACGGUAAGUAAAAUAUAUAAAUAAUAUUUUAUUACAAAUUUAUAAUUGAAUCGAUACUAAUCAAUUUCAAGAAUGUUACAGCUUAUUUUCUUUGGCUUUAGAAACGAUUUUUCAAAAUGUAAGUAACUUUUUAGUACUGUACAUUUAUCUGAAAAACAUUUAAAUAAUAUCUUGAAGAAAUUUUGUUUCAGAAUGACCGAUGAAAUAAUGAAUUACAUCGACGAAGAUAAUUCAAGAAUCUUACAAACUGUGAAAAAAAUGUGCGAAUACGAAAGAUAAAACAUCACUAUUAUUAUUGUCACGUGUAAAAUAAUACAUUUACUUGCAAUUAUUUGUCGUAUUUGAUUUGUUUAUUACCACAAAAAAGAAGCAAAAAAAAAAAGAAUGAAUACCUUAAUAUAAUACCUAAUAAUAUUUUUCAAAAAGCAGUCUCGCGGCCCUUAAUUCAGGGAGUGAGAUGUCUUUAAUUAUCCUUAUCACGAUCUUUGUGAGUUAUGACUACGAAAAAACACAUCAAACCAGAUUGAUGAUAAUCGCUCGAAAAACACAAAAUUACUUCAAAGUGAUAUCCCAACAAGACUUGAUACUUCUCAAUGUAUGAAAUCAGAAAUAACAUGCAAAGACAAUAAAUCGAAGGAUGUAUCUUAUGAUGAUUGUGUAAUAAAGUUGAGAAACAAAUGUCCUUUAAAGGAACAUAGAUUAACGUUAGAGAAUCACAAUUACGAUUUACGUCCAACGAAGGAGACAUCAAAUUUCACGGACAAAAUAACAGGAAAUCAAGAAGCAUUAACUUGCGUGAUAUGCGACUUCAGAUGCAACAAGAGAUCAACCAUGAUAGCUCAUUUAGCGGAGAAACACGAUGGGAAUGAUAGAACGAACGAAGAUGGAAACUGCAAGAAGAAACGUGAAUUCGUUUGUAUCGUUUGUGGUUUGGUAUGUGCAAGAAAGGAAACGUUGAGGUCACACUUUGUACGAAAGCAUACUCAACAUUAUUGUUACUCCUGCGAAUACUGUGGCAAAGAAUUUAAGAUUAAGGGCGAUCUUACGACUCAUACAAGACUGAAUCAUCGAGAAUCACCAGUGAUAUGCGACGUCUGUGGAAAAACUUGUAAGAACAGUCAUAGUUUGUAUACUCAUCAGAAACAUGCUCAUUACAAGGCCAAGUUUGAAUGUCCAAUGUGUCACAGACGAUUGGUCACCAAGGAGAACCUGGACCAACACGUUUUGACUCAACACGAGAGGAAGGAGAAGUCUGUUUGCGAAGAAUGUGGCAAAACUUUCUUUGAAAAUUAUGAUCUCCGUAAACACAUGAGAAUUCAUACAGGUGACAAACCCUACAAUUGUACCGUCUGUGCCAGAGCUUUUGCUACUCACAGUAGUCUUAGCCAACAUCUUCUUCUACAUACCGGCGAACGAAUUUACACCUGUGACGUUUGUGGCAAGUCCUUCGCUCAAAAGGCUGGUCUUAUAUGCCACAGGAAGAUCCAUUCAGGAACUCUACCACCACUACCUGUUAUACACAUCGAUCACAUCCUAAAAGAAUUCAUGAAGAAAUGAAAUAUAUGGUUAAAUCCGUGCCUUGUCUUUCUUGAACAACUCCUAGUUAAUAUUUUUUUAUAUUGUCAACGAAUCUACUCGUAUUGAUAUAUCAUAUUUGUAUACACUAUAGACGUAAUCAUGUUCACGCAGUUAUGAACACUUGUGAUAGCUUGAAAAUUAUUCUCCGAAAGAAUGCGAUUUAUUAAAAAAGAAAAAAAAAAAAAAGAAGAAGAA